UGUCAGGUCUUGUGUUCCCUAAAAGCCGCUGAGAAACAACAGCGUGUAGAAGCUGUUGUGUUUUUAUAUUCACACCGCAGAGAUUUAAAUAUGUAAGAGGCGAAUAUUACACUAGUGUCACGUUCACCUGAGAACUCUGGGUCACUUCCGGGACAGACUAGAGAAGCUGUCUGGCUGCUAGCACGCCGUAGCUAGCUACAUGCUAAGGCUAGCCUCGUCGGGGACAACGUGAGCACCGAGGGUUUUAUUUCCAGGUUUUAGUUUUCACAGUUUAUCGAAAGAUGAAGUGUCACUACGAGGUGUUGAGCGUGAAGCGAGACGCGGGAGACGACGAUUUAAAGAAGGCGUAUCGUAAGCUGGCGCUGAAGUGGCAUCCAGAUAAAAACUUGGACAAUUCUGAGGACGCAGCAGAGAAGUUCAAGCUGAUUCAGGCGGCUUAUGAUGUCCUGAGUGAUCCACAGGAGCGAGCUUGGUAUGAUAAUCACAGGGAGGCUCUGCUGAAAGGAGGUGUGAGUGGAGACUAUGAAGACGACAGCAUUGACCUGCUGCAGUACUUCACAGUCACCUGUUAUUCUGGCUUUGGAGAUGAUGACAAGGGGUUUUUCACAGUUUACAGGAAUCUUUUUGAGUCUAUUGUUAAGGAGGAGAUGGAGCACGUCAAGGUAGAAGAUGAAGAAGACGAGGAGUUUCCUCCCUUUGGAGACUCGAACAGUGACUAUGAUACCGUAACGCACGUGUUUUACGGCUUCUGGCAGAGUUUCUGCACUCGUAAAAACUUUGCUUGGAAGGAGGAGUACGACACGAGACAGGCAUCCAACCGCUGGGAGAAACGGGCCAUGGAGAAGGACAACAAGAAGACCAGGGACAAGGCUCGAAAGGAGCGCAACGAGCUGGUGCGACAGCUGGUGUCUUUCGUGCGCAAACGUGACCGCCGCGUGCUGGCCCACAGGAAGCUGGUGGAGGAGCAGAACGCAGAGAAGAUCAAGAAGGUGGAGGAGCUGAGGCGGAAGCAGAAGCUCAACCACGCCAAGCUGGCGGAGGAGUACAAGGAGCAGAAGUGGGCGGCCAUGUCUGAACUGGAGAAGGAGCUGCAGCAGAUGGAGGCUCAGUACGGAAAGGAGUUUGGCGAUGUGUCGGAGAGUGAAGAAGAGGACAGCGAAGAGGGAGGAGAUGCAGACCAGCCUGAUGGAGACGAACUGCCGAUGGAUUAUUAUGACGACCUGUACUGCCCGGCCUGUGACAAAUUAUUCAAAUCAGAUCAAGCAAUGAAAAACCAUGAAAAAUCCAAAAAGCACCGGGAGAUGGUGGCGUUGCUAAAGCAACAGCUGAAGCAGGAAGAGGAUUUACUUGGUUUGAACGGAACCGAGAGAGAAGGAGGAAAUGAAGAUAAUGAUCCGGAAGAGGUGGAAGAAGAAGAAGAGGAGGAGGAGGAAGAAAAGCCAAGGCAAAAGUUGUCCAAAAAACAAAAAAGGAAAAAGAAGCAGAAGGAAGUCGUACACUCAAGCUCCCCUCCACAGCAGAGCGCUCCGGAGGAAGUGGAGGAAGUGGAGGAGAAGGAGAAACCAACGCCGACCACGUGCGAGGAAGACGUCCCCGACACGUCAGCAGACCCGACGGAGCCUGAGGAGCCGGACGAUCCCCCCCCCACAGAAGUCAAGAGCUCUGGGAAGACGAAAGGAAAGAAGGCAGGAGGAAAAGACAAAACGAAGAAUGUCAAGACAAACACAGGAGGAGAAGAGUUUCCUGAGAAGGAAGUGAACCUUCGCUGUGGGAUCUGCAACUACGAGUUCCCCACGAGAAACAAGUUGUUUGACCACAUAAAGACUAGCGGGCACGCCAUCGCUCUCUCUGCAAACGGCUCACACAGCACCGCGAGCAAGAUCAAAAAGGACAAGAAGAAGAACAGAUAACGUGACUGAAUCCGGGCAGAUGAAACUGAAAGAGUUUUAACCAGCACGGACGCUGGAAACACGAUGAAACGUCUCUCAGGAGGUAGAUGAAACAAAAAGUGGACUGGGAGAGAAUAGUUUUUAUUUUUAAAUACUCAAUCCUGUUGGGUGAGAGGACUGUGUAUAUGUGUGAGGGAUUGAGUCUUCCAGGUUUGAAUGAACCACGACCUCUCACAGUAACUUAUGAAUCACUGUACAGAUAAACCCACACAGGACGUCCCAACACAAACACUGAUACCCAGAUACCUUACUGUUUGAAAAAACAUCUUUUUCUGUCAAGAACUCCAUUAUGAAAAUAAAUGUGAUGAUGCAUAUUGGUA